GAAGCUUCCGCAUCCGCUCCCAUUCCGGCGUCCGGAGUCGCUGACCGCCAAGUCAGUCAGUCGCCGAGGCGAGGACGACGAGGCAGACAACGCACCCCCGCACCUGUUGUUACCAGCGCGGCGCACGAGUCCAGUCGCGUGCAGGCGCGCUGCAUAGGGCCAGAGCCAAGUAAGUGGGUGGGGACAGAAAUAUCCUCCUGCUCCUCGGCCUCGGCGUGCUCGCGGGCGGAGCAGGAGGGGCUAGGAGGAGGCGGAUCGGGGAGCGGAGAUCCUAGCCGGAGGGAUGGCGAAGGGCGGCGUGGAGAGGGGCGCGCUGCUGCCGGUCUCAGCGGACGACGGCAAGGGAAACGGCGGAGGGGCAGGCGGCGACGAUGCCGUGCUGUUCAAGGGGUCCGCCAUGACCCGCCGCGGCGGCACCGCCGCGCUCUCUUACAUGGCAUGCUCCGGUACGCGCGGCUUUAUUUGCUUGUUUCUGUCGCGUAGACUGCUCGCGGUGCGGCCGUGCUGCUGGUGCACUGUGCUUCGUUCGUCGCGUUCAGGGAAUUUGGGGACGGGAGAACACCUGCAUCACGUGUUUGACUCGUUGCCUGUGCUAGUCGCCACGUUUUCUGUUGGAUUCAGCUUAGUACGUGAUUUUGGAGCUCGUGCCGGAUGGUUGACUUGUGCUUUGGCCUUUCGGCUUUUGGCAGCGCGACCGAGCUUUUUGGAAGAGUGAGAGACCGUUUUCCUAGUUCUGUUGCUAUGAAUUAUACGCAAAGUGGACAGUAUAUACGGCAUACAUACAUGUUUACGAAAUUCUAUAAGUAAGGAAUGGGCUAUUUCAUACAAAUAAUUGAGCCUGCAGGCUGCAGCCAUGAUGAAUAUGUUAUUUACUGUCGUAAUGUUAGCUGAAUUUUGGUGGUAACAAAUGGAGCUACCAUGCUACCUUAUCUGCCUUUGGAGUGGGUCUAUGCUUAUUGCUCGGGCACACUUGUGACUUGUGGAAGAACAUAAUCACAGAACCCUGUCGGAAUACAUUUCAGAAUGAAUAGGUCAAUGGAGUAAGCUUUCUAGCUGCUACCUGUAUGAAAUUAGAUCAAACAGAGGACCUGUCAUGAAGAGUGAUGGUCCCCUGUUAUCUCAUGUACUAUAUUGCUUGAUGCUGACGAUAGGAUGUAAAUUACUUCAACCCCAUAUUUGGAUGAUGGUUCAACUGGAUAAGAAUAACCAUUUCAUAGAAUAGAUACAUCAUUGUCUUCAUCUAACUAUCUAUCUAUCUAGCCUUUUGAACUGAAACCUGCUCAUUUGUUGCAUGACGAAAUUGGAACAAAGGAAGGUGGUCCCACUGAGGAAAAACACGAGAGAAAAAUCAACAAACCAUUUUCACUUUUAGGGUGGGGGGAUUAGUGUGGAAGAUUUGAGUCAUUGUUAAGUGGUGAAUGAGGUUUUGAUUGCACAAUUAAACUCGUCUUUCAUUUAUAUGUGCUGCUUACUGGAAGGUUGGAGAACUGUGAACGGGUUACUGUAGUUGGGCUGAUUAUGUUGGAGUUACUAAUGAUACCCCCUUUUGCAUUCAUGACUGAAAUUGCGCUGGAAGUCACUUUUGCAUUGCAUUCAAAAUCAUUCAUCUAAUCCGAUCUCUAUGCUGCGAGUUUGGACAUUGCGAUCUGCUUAUAAUACCAGUUGAAGGAGUUCUGCACAAUGCAUGUGUUGCUAGUGAUGUUUAACAAAGCAGCUCUCUCUUCGUAUAAUUUCCCUUGUGCGAAUGUCAUCACACUCCUUCAGAUGGUGUGCUCAACGUGCCUUCUUUAUGUUCUGAGACGAUUAAAGAUCAUCUCCUUCACUAAUAGUGAUCCAUCAGUGCCUUCUGAUUCACUAUUCUUUGUGCCGUUUAGGUUAUUACUACGCACCACACCUCUUUCCUUGGCUUAUUUACUCUACAUGCUAGCUUCAAUGGAAUCGGUCCGUGGAGUUAAUGUUCCUAUGUAUACAACUCUACGGCGCACGACAGUUGUGUUUACAAUGACAAUGGAGUAUUUCCUGGCAAAGCAGAAGCACACCCCACCUAUAAUAGGCAGUGUGGCUUUGAUUGUAUUCGGAGCAUUCGUUGCUGGAGCUCGAGACUUGUCAUUUGAUGCUCGUGGGUAUGCUAUUGUCUUUGUGGCCAACAUUACGACAGCCAUUUACCUUGCUACUAUCAACCGUAUAGGAAAAUCUAGUGGCCUCAAUAGCUUUGGCCUGAUGUGGUGCAAUGGACUUGUCUGUGGACCUUCAGUACUGUUAUUGACAUAUAUUCAGGGUGACCUAAAGAGGGCCAUGGAAUUUCCGUACCUUUAUUCCCCUGGGUUCAUGACUGUGCUGCUAUUUUCGUGCAUCCUAGCAUUUCUACUGAACUACACUAUCUUCUGGAACACAAUCCUGAAUUCUGCACUCACACAAUCGAUGUGUGGGAACUUGAAGGAUUUCUUCACCGUUGGAAUUGGUUGGGUGCUAUUUGGUGGACUUCCUUUUGAUCUUCUUAAUGUUAUAGGACAAGGACUAGGCUUUCUGGGCUCUGGAUUGUAUGCCUACUGCAAGAUCAAAGGAAAGUAGACGCUGAUGUCUAGUGGGAUCAACUGGGGGUAGACGGUGGUGUGACUUGGUGUUUCAUUCAGGGCCAGUGUGCUUAACAAAAGUAGCGUUGUUUAUGCUGUUUGCUCCUACAUAUGGGAGAGAAAUUUUGUAGGUUUCCUGUAUGUAUUAGACUUCAGCCCUAAUGAACACUGCAAAACUGAAAAGGAAAUAGAGUA